UCCGGGGCUGCACUGCGCAUGCCCGGGGCUGCCGGCUGCAGGAGGCGGUGGUCCAGGCUGAGCGCGCCGCGCGCGGUUCAGUCAUUACCGAUUGUCCUCCUCCUCCGGGAACUCGAGGGCGCUGCGGCGCGGCCGGGCUGAGGGCCGGCGGGGCGGAUGCGAGGGCCGCCUCCCCGGGCCGUGGAGAGCUUUCUUGGAGAGCUCAGCACGAGCCCCUCCGGAGCCCCCCGGUACCGUCCGCGGGGCGCCGAGCCUGCGCGCGCGGGUUUGGGCCGUGGGACGGCGAGGCCGCCCAGAGGAAGGUCCGAUGGCGAGGAAUUUGUCUGUUCUCCUGAUCCUGACUUUGGCCUUUUCCUUCACACAUCCGCUUCAUGAACUGGAAUCAGCAGUUGCUUUCCCUCAGACCACUGAGAAAAGUCAGCCCAGCUGGGAAUCCGGCAUUAACAUUGACUUGGCAGUUACUACCCGACGACAUCAUCUGCAGCAACUUUUCCACCGCUAUGGGGAAAAUAAUUCCCUGUCUGUGGAAGGAUUCAAGAAAUUGCUUCAGAAUAUAGGCAUAGACAAGAUGAAAAGAAUCCACAUCCAUCAUGAUCAUGACCAUCACUCAGACCGCAGCCGUCACUCUCACCGUAACCGUGCUGCUUCCAAUAAAAAUCAUCGCAAAGCCCUUUGCCCCGAGCGGGACUCUGAGAGUUCAGGUAAGGAGCCUAAACACAGCCCCGGAAAAGGAUCUCACCGGCAAGAGCGGGCGGAGCGGAAGCAGAACAUCAAGGAGGGUGUGAGUGAAGUGACCUCCACUGUGUACAACACUGUGUCAGAAGGAACUCACUUUCUGGAGACAAUCGAAACUCUAAAACCUGGAAAACCCCUCCCCAAAGAUGGAAGCAGGUCCACUCCACCCAGCAUCACACAGAAGAGCCGGGUCAGCCGGAGGGCUGGGAGGAAAGGCAACGAAUCUGUGAGUGAGCCCAGAAGAGGCUUUAUAUAUUCCAGAAACACACAGGAAAAUACGCAGGAGUGUUUCAAUGCAUCCAAGCUGCUUACCUCACAUGGCAUAGGCAUCCAGGUUCUGCUGAAUGCAACAGAAUUCAACUACCUCUGCCCAGCCAUCAUCAAUCAAAUCGACGCUAGAUCUUGUUUGAUUCAUACAACGAGCGAAAAGAAGGCUGAAAUCCCUCCAAAGACCUAUUCCUUACAAAUAGCCUGGGUUGGUGGAUUUAUAGCCAUUUCCAUCAUCAGCUUCCUGUCUUUGCUGGGAGUUAUCUUAGUGCCUCUCAUGAACCGUGUAUUUUUCAAAUUUCUCCUGAGUUUCCUUGUGGCACUGGCUGUUGGGACAUUAAGUGGUGAUGCUUUUUUACACCUUCUUCCUCAUUCUCAUGCAAGUCACCACCAUAGUCAUAGCCAUGAAGAACCAGCAAUGGAAAUGAAAAGAGGACCACUCUUCAGUCACCUGUCUUCUCAACACAUAGAAGAAAGCCCCUAUUUUGACUCCACGUGGAAGGGUCUGACAGCUCUAGGAGGCUUGUAUUUCAUGUUUCUGGUUGAGCAUGUACUCACAUUGAUCAAACAAUUUAAAGAUAAAAAGAAAAAGAAUCAAAAAAAACCUGAAAGCGAUGAUGAUGUGGAGAUUAAGAAGCAGUUAUCCAAAUACGAAUCUCAACUUUCAGCUAAUGAAGAGAAAGUAGAUCCAGAUGAUCGACCUGAAGGUUAUUUACAAGCGGACACACAAGAACCCUCCCACUUUGAUUCUCAACAGCCAGCCAUCUUGGAAGAAGAAGAGGUCAUGAUAGCUCAUGCCCACCCACAGGAAGUCUACAAUGAAUAUGUACCCCGAGGGUGCAAGAAUAAAUGCCACUCCCAUUUCCAUGAUACGCUCGGCCAGUCUGAUGAUCUCAUUCACCACCAUCAUGACUACCAUCAUAUUCUCCAUCAUCACCACCACCAAAACCACCACCCCCACAGUCACAGUCAGCGCUACUCGCGGGAGGAACUGAAAGACGCCGGCAUUGCCACAUUGGCCUGGAUGGUGAUAAUGGGUGAUGGUCUACACAACUUCAGCGAUGGCCUAGCCAUUGGUGCUGCUUUUACUGAAGGUUUAUCAAGUGGUUUAAGUACUUCUGUUGCUGUAUUUUGUCAUGAGUUGCCGCAUGAAUUAGGGGACUUUGCUGUUCUCCUAAAGGCUGGCAUGACUGUUAAACAAGCUGUGCUCUACAAUGCUCUAUCAGCCAUGCUGGCAUAUCUUGGGAUGGCAACUGGAAUUUUCAUUGGUCAUUAUGCUGAAAAUGUUUCUAUGUGGAUAUUUGCACUUACUGCUGGCUUAUUUAUGUAUGUCGCUCUGGUCGAUAUGGUUCCUGAGAUGCUACACAAUGAUGCUAGUGACCAUGGAUGUAGCCGUUGGGGAUAUUUCUUUCUACAGAAUGCUGGGAUACUCUUGGGCUUUGGGAUUAUGUUACUUAUUUCUAUAUUUGAACAUAAAAUAGUGUUUCGUAUUAAUUUCUAAUUAGGGUAUAAAUGCUAAAGUAGCUUAAAAAGCAUUGCUGUCUAUAGUUUGAAUAGGUCACAGAGAGAAAUUUGUUACACUGUGAUAUAGAGCAGUUAAAAUUAGUGGAUUUUGUGACUUUUGUAUUGAGUAUUGCUGUUUGUUACACUUAUAAGUCAGUUAUGUUGGUAGCAUAAAGGUACGUUUUACUAUUUAAGUUAUUCUAUUUUGGAAAUAUAAGCUAUAUGUGCAAUUCACCAAUAUUAUCAAUUUAUUAUACAAACAAGAUUUGGCAUGAAUUAUUGUGUGUAUUUCAGGGAAAAUUUCUCAAUAGCUUUUCUGAAACUAAUUUAACAUAGUAAUUCCCAUAUUGGAUUUUGGACAUCUGACAAAAUGCCGCUGCCGAAGAUUCAGAAUUGUGCAUGAACACCAAGAUACCGAUAAAGCUCCUACUGAAUUUAAGUUACAAGAAAAGAAAGAAGAAUCUGAUCAUUGAGGAGGUGUAAAUUACUUAUAAAAACAUCACAAAAUUGGCUGUCAUGUAGAAGGAGCAUAGAUUAAGUGAGAAAAAAGGCAAAAUCAUUAUAGAAUAUAUUCAUAACCACUUGUGUAAGAGUAUUAAUAUCCCUGUAAUAACACAAUGAGCACUUAUACAAUAACUUCACUGUACAUUUGACUUUGUGUAAGUGUAGAAAACUUUUUAUUAACAAAUCUAAGUAAAUUUAAUUAAUUCAGUUUACCACUUGGUCCAGAAAUUGGAGUUUUGAAAUAUUUGUGUAGAGAUAUACCAGAUGAAUAUAAUGAGUACAUUUUUAGAUUUCCAGAAGAUUUAGUAAUCACCAAGUUGGAUAUUGCCAAAUGUUAUAUGAUUGUGUAUACUGCUAAUCAGGUCUACAAAAUAACAGAAUAUUGAGACUUGGAUUUAUAUUUGGGGUAAAACCAUAUUGAGUAAAAUCUGACUUCUUUGGUGUCUCAGUGUUGUCAUUAUGAGCAAUUGUCAUUUUAUAUAUAGUACUAUAGACAGACUAGGGCUGUCUGGCAUUCUCUAGAUUUUUUUUUUCUACAAAAUAAAUUCCUUAUGUCAGCUCAA